UCGGUAUUACUGGUUUUAAUUUUAGAUAUUUCAUGCAGAGUUUCGAAAAUGUUUGUAGUGAAAGCAAUUCCAAACACGAUUAGGACAUGGUGUGUCUGACUUCCGGUUAUAUACAACAAUGGCGGAUGAUAACAAUGCUGCAUCCGCCUCAGCAGCCGAAAAUUUGCGUCGGCGAAAUGUACAGGGAUCAAGAUCUGAUAAACAGGUCAAUGUUGACCAAAAUGUUGAUACACAACACGACGACAAUGAUAAAACGCCAUUAGAUAUACGUAAUUGCAAAUUAGAACAAGGCACGUAUUGGCUAACCAGGAUCCUGCUGCUGCGGUUUCUGGGAUUUAUAUAUUUUGUAGCUUUUCUGGUAGCUUUAAAUCAAAACAAACAACUUCUUGGGAAAAACGGAUUAAUUCCUGCUACUAAUUUCCUGGAAAAAGUUGAAGCUGCAUCAGGUGGGAUAAACCUGAAUUCCUUCAGCUAUGUACCAAGUAUUGUAUGGCUGGUGGAUUACCAUGGCAACCUGGACAGUUUCCUGGACUAUACAGCUUACCUUGGUAUAGCAUUAUCCCUGUUUCUCAUCAUCAAUGGUGGAGCAAACUGGUUCAUCCUGCUGUCUCUCUGGAUACUCUACCACUCCAUAGUUAACGUUGGAACCACCUGGUAUGGUUUUGGUUGGGAGUCACAGCUGUUGGAGACAGGAUUCCUCGCCACAUUUUUGUGUCCCGUAUGGAAUGUGUCCUCUGUACCACGGGACACGCCCACUUCUAAAAUCAUCAUUUGGGCAUAUCGUUGGCUCAUCUUCAGAAUCAUGAUUGGUGCAGGUUUGAUAAAAAUCCGUGGUGAUCAGUGCUGGAGAGACCUUACCUGUAUGAAUUAUCACUAUCAGACACAGCCAGUACCAAACCCACUUAGCUAUUAUCUCCACCAAUCACCAGAGGCCUUUCAUAAAUUUGAGACGAUGACCAAUCACUUUGUAGAACUCAUUGUACCUUUGUUUUUACUGCUGACAAGAAGAAUGGUCAUUGCUGGAGGGUGCAUUCAAGUUCUUUUUCAAAUUGUCCUGAUAACAAGUGGAAAUUUGAGUUUCCUUAACUGGCUGACUAUUUUACCAAGUCUGGCAUGUUUUGAUGAUGCCAGUGUGGCCUGGAUGUUUUCUGACCGUAGGAAUUCUGUAAAAUGGAAGGUCAAGACAAUACAACAGCUGACCAGAGUAAGACCACACAAACCUACUCCAGGUAGUUAUAUACGUAAAUUGUUCAACUUGAGUGUCGGAGUCCUGAUAGCAUACCUCAGCAUACCAGUGGUUCAGAACCUUGUAUCCCCUAGACAGGCUAUGAACACCUCAUUUGAACCACUCAGAAUUGUGAACACAUAUGGAGCAUUCGGCAGUGUGACUAAGGAGCGUACAGAGAUCAUACUCCAGGGAACGUACGACAACCCUUACGACAAGAAGGCAGUGUGGGAGGAGUAUGAAUUCUACUGUAAGCCCGGUAACCUCACACAGCGGCCAUGUUUGAUCUCACCAUACCACUACAGGCUAGAUUGGCUCAUGUGGUUUGCAGCAUUCCAGAGUUAUGAAAGGAACCCCUGGCUGGUUCACCUCUGUGUGAAGUUAAUGGUAAACGACGAAGAUACCUCAUCACUUCUAGCGUUCAACCCCUUCCAGGGUCGCGAUCCUCCACAAUAUAUACGCUUGGAACACUACAAAUACACAUUCACAAAGAUAGGCAGCAAAGACGCCAAAAAUGGAAAAUGGUGGAAAAGAAAAUAUGUUGACUCUUACCUCAAUCCAAUAUCUCUGAAAUCUGUGAAGGAAUACAUGAAACAAAUGGAUUUAAAAAUGCCUGUUAAGAAAGCCAAACGAAAAUUGAAGACCCAGUUUUAAAUCAGUCUAUUUUAUUUGAAUGUUUUUUUCCUCAUCUGUACCUAUUUAUCCUGUUAACAGUGCUUUAAUUAAAUGUUGAUAAAAUUUUGAUUUAUA